AUGGCGUCUUUAGGCUCUGCUUUCAAGUCGUUCUGGCAUACGAUGACCAGUUAUGACAGACAUUCUUCCUACGACUCCCCAUACCAAACCGGACAACACGUACCCCUUCCACAGAGUCGACACCAGGCUCUUACUUCUGUCGCUACGACCGCCUCGGAAUCCCGUGCCGAUAUCAAUUCUCCAUACUUUGAAGAUGGGGCUGGGAGGAUGUCAACAUCGGCUCUGAAUGGCGGCGGUUACCCAAAUUCACCAGGGAUAAUGCCACAGAGUCCGGGCCCGACACCAUACUCUCCUGGAAUGAGAUCACAGACGGCUUUACACAGAACGAACACAAACGAAAAUUUCGAAAACGUCACACCAGGCGAGAUUCAACUACAGGCGUUUCAAGAAGGAUUACCACCACCACCACCAGUGGGACACUCAUGGAAACGAAUCGAUCGCUGGGCUGAAGACAACUACGAGGAGUUGUUUGACCAAUUGUGCGAAGGGUGCACAAAUAAUGACCUAAACGAAUUAGAACAUCAAUUAGACUGCUCGCUUCCCAUGGAGGUCCGAGAGUCCCUGCAGAUCCACGACGGACAAGAGAGAGGCGGUAUGCCGACGGGAAUUAUUUUUGGGUGCAUGUUAUUGGACUGCGAAGAGAUGGUACAAGAGUGGGAAAAUUGGAAGAAGGUGAAUGCCGAGUACCUCAACCAGCCAGUUAAUUAUAAGCCCGCGAUCCCAGUCAAGGCACUUGGUGGAAGCUCCUCGUCCACAUCGAGGGCCCCAUCUAACCAGCCAGGAAAUCCACAUUGGAGACAGGAACUCCUCGCCCGGCAGGAUUCCCAGCCUCCAAAUGCUAUCCAAAAGGUGUAUGCUCAUCCCGCAUGGAUUCCAAUGGUCCGCGAUUGGGGAGGAAAUAAUCUGGCAAUCGACCUUGCACCAGGUCCAGCGGGAAAAUGGGGUCAAGUAAUUCUUUUCGGUCGUGAUUACGACUGCAAGUAUGUAGUUGCGAGAUCUUGGUCCGCCUUCUUGGCCACUGUGGCAGAUGACCUCAACAGCGGUAAAGCUUGGGUGGAUGAGGAGACCAAUGAUCUGAAGUUGAGGGAGUUCAGAACGAGCAAGGUCGAGCCUGGAUAUUUGGACAUCUUAAGAUGGAGGAUGGACCAGAAGUAUGGUCGGAGACAAAGCAGACGUCGUUCCACUGGACCAAAUGGAACUGCUGGACCAGCCGGUUCCUCGCCUGGUGGAUCGCCAUAUGCAAGCCCAACGGCCGAAGUUGGUGGAGAGCCUCGUGGACGAUCAAUGCAGAGGUUCAGCGGAGCUUCACCUGUACCAAGUCCAAACAGACCAAAUUACGGAAAGUCGAGUCCGCUAGCCAGAGUGACAGAAGAGGGCUCAACACCUUCUAAGAUCCAGACUGUUAAUAUGCCAAUCGAGAAACUCGUCGAAGUCGAAACACCUCGGCCAAGUGAAGACACCAAGGCGAAGACUUUGGACACUGCGCUAGAAUCUGUUUCUUUGGAAGACAACAAGGAAAACUCCAACGCUGGUGAUGCCAAUACUACCAGCCUCGGACUCGCCAACGGCACUGCGAAGAAGGCCACGGUCGAGGAUGAUACUACGAUGAAGACGAUCGAAAUAUAA